UUAUUAUAAGCGUGUCGGGGAAUAAGUCUCGGCUCCGCCUAACAAACGCCUUUCUCCUUGCUCUCUUCCUCUUCCGCUCGACUCGUAUUUGGGAGAAGAGGAGAGGGUUCGAAGAUUCGAAUAGUCGGGCGUUCUUGCCAUGGCCUCCAAGCGAAUUUUGAAGGAGCUCAAGGAUCUUCAGAAGGACCCCCCUACUUCUUGCAGUGCAGGCCCCGUGGCAGAAGACAUGUUUCAUUGGCAAGCUACUCUAAUGGGUCCUCCUGAUAGUCCUUAUGCUGGUGGCGUCUUUCUAGUAACCAUCCACUUUCCUCCAGACUAUCCAUUCAAACCACCCAAGGUAGCAUUCAGGACAAAAGUCUACCAUCCAAAUAUCAACAGCAAUGGAAGCAUUUGCCUUGACAUCUUAAAAGAGCAAUGGAGCCCUGCAUUAACCAUUUCCAAGGUAUUGCUUUCAAUCUGUUCACUUCUGACGGACCCAAACCCUGAUGAUCCAUUGGUUCCAGAGAUUGCACACAUUUACAAGACUGAUAGUAACAAGUAUGAGACCACUGCACGGAGCUGGACCCAGAAGUAUGCCAUGGGUUAGACGUGGUGGCUGGAGGUGGAGGUUGUUUCCUCUCUCCUUGUGCUCUAUAUCAGGUGGUGCUUUAACUGAUAUAUAUACAUAUAUAUAUGUAUAUAUAUAUGUAUAUAUAUAUAUGUAUAUGUAUAUAUAUACAUGUAUAUAUGUAUAUAUGUACAUGUAUGUAUGUAUAUAUGUACAUGUAUGUAUGUAUAUAUGUACAUGUAUGUAUGCAUGCAUGUAUGUAUGUAUGUAUGUAUGUAUAUAUGUAUACAUGUAUGUAUACAUAUAUACAUACAUACAUACAUAUAUACAUAUACAUACAUACAUACAUACAUAUAUACAUAUACAUAUAUACAUACAUAUAUACAUAUAUAUAUAUAUAUAUAUAUAUAUAUAUAUAUAUAUAUAUAUAUCUGACAUGGUUUAUGUCUGUUAUCACUCUUUUGUUAUAUUUAUGAAGCAGAUCAUGCACUCGAGGCUCGAAUAUUUGCAUGUGAAAUUACAGUUUGGGCCUAUGCACCUCAAUUUCUUUUGGCCUUAGACUUUUGUGUUAUCCCUGUUAAAUGGUUACUUUCUACUAGUGUAAAAAUGGCUGCUCUCCUAUAAAAUCUUGUCAGCCUUAGUUA